AUGUCGACCCGACCACGCGCUUACGUGAGCGCCCAAGACGACGUGCGGUCCACGGACUCGCGCAGUUCAGCGCGUCCCCGGGCUUUUAUCCGACGGGAUGACGACGACGCGGGAUCUACGGGGUCCCACAUGUCUGUGGGACGUCCCAAAGCUUUUAUCCGGACGGACGACGACGUGGGAUCCACGGGGUCCCACAUGUCAGUGGGACGUCCCAAAGCUUUUAUCCGGACGGACGACGACGUGCGAUCCACAGACUCACGCAGCUCGGCGCGUCCCCGAGCUUUUGUCCGGGGGGACGACGACGUGGGAUCUACGGGGUCCCACAUGUCUGUGGGACGUCCCAAAGCUUUUAUCCGGACGGACGACGACGUGCGAUCUACGGGAUCCCACAUGUCAGUGGGACGUCCCAAAGCUUUUGUCCGGGGGGACGACGACGUCUGCUCGACGUCAUCGCGAGCAUCAGCCCGACCCAAAGCUUUUAUCCGCAACGACGAUGACGGCAGCUCCUUGUCCAGUAACCGCGGAGGUCCAAUGCGCGUGAACCAGGACUCGAAUCACGGCAGCAGUAGCGUGACCGGGAGCAGCAGCUCGAGCCGUCCACACAUUGGGAUUGCAGGUGGGGGCGGCUUGACAGCCGCGAUACUGCAGCAACAUCGCGCGUCGGCUGGAGUCAGUGGACUGGAUCUGGGUGCAGCUCGCGCCCGCUAUGAUCUGGAUGAGACGCGGUCCAUGACGGGCAUGUCUGCUCGGCUUCGGCGGCCGCUUCAUGCUACGAGUCGCGCCCCCCUUGCUCAACCAUUGAGCGCCAGUAUGGGUCCGCGGAUCCGCGUCCCGGACGCCGACAUCCCCAGCGACAUUCCAAACCACGUCAUUGACGAGAUCAAGAAGAGUCUCGAGAUGCACUUUGCGUCGCGCAAUGGCGCUGUGGAUAAGAAGGUGGCGGACUUGCGCACGGACGUUGCGAGCUUGAGUUCGCAGAUCUUGGAUCUACGUAAGGUGGGCACUAGCGCUAAUCUAUCGGGGCACGCAGCCUCGGACUCUAUGGGUGUUCAGGCCAGCACCGUUGCAAUAGCGCGCCUUGAAAAGCACAGUGCGGAGGUUUUGGACCGCCAAGCAAGAGCUGACCGCGAGUUGACAGAGCUUAGCACUCGAGUCAAUGCGCUGUCGUCUGCGACCAUGAAGAUUUCAGCGCUGGAGGACAACAUUGAGGCUUUGGUUGCCAAUCGCCAGAAGCAGGAGCAAGGAUUAUUUAAGCUUGCAGAGAGGGUGCAGUUGAUGCACCGUCAAAUAGGCAGCUUGGUGGAUAUGAAGGCUGUUGAAAACUUGUUGAGCAUUCGUCUGACGCGAGAAUUUCGUGAAAUGGAGGACCGACUAUCGCAAAAUGUAAUUCAAAUUGCCGAGAAGAUGGAGCAGAAGGUGCAAAGCUUGGAAGAGCAUUCGUUCUUGCAGCGCCAGGAGGGUCUAGCUGCUUUGAAGAAUGAUCUGUCGGAUAAUAUUCAGAGUCUGCACAGCUCGGUACUACGCCGAAGUGAACUGCUUCCGUUGCAAGAUGCUCAUAUGCAGGACAGAGAGGAGGUGGCACGGCUUUUAAGCGUUUUGAAUCUUCACGAGAGAAAGCUUCAGGAGGCCAAGGAAACUAGUAACUCACUGCGCGAUGAGAUGAACAAGGCGAUGGAGAGCCAACAGUGUAGUGCUGCAGCCUUGAUGGAGGAGAAGCUUCAGCAGAUUGCAAGUAGAAACGAGGAAAAGUCGAAGUCGAUCGACGAUCAGCUCUCAGAGCUUGCUGAAAAGCAAAAAAAGCUUGAGGAGGCCACAAAGACGCUUCAGGAAAACAUGACGCAGACCGGUCAGCAGUUAAGCCAUGACUCUGUGGACAAGGAUGUGGGGAAUGAUAAGCUGCGUCAGCGUCUUGCUCGCUCUGUAGUAGAGCUGGAGGUCCUGGCAACGACAAAGGCAGAAGUAGAGCACCGCUUUGCUGCUGCGGAAAAGCAGUUUGAAGCAAGGUUGGAGGCACUCCGUAUGACUCUGACCAAGGCGGAAGAGCAGAAGGACGCAGAGCGCUUGGAGCUUGUGCGAAAGCUGCAGGAGGAGAGUAAGUUGAUGGGUGUUGCACAGGGAAAGAGUACAAUGCUGGAAACCCUACUGGCUCGUGAAAAGGCUGAGAACGAGAAGAACAAUGAGCUCAUGCGUAAGUCGAAGAAAGAGGUGGCAGAAAUUCGUGACCAGAUUCACAAGUUGGAAAGCAAAAAAGAGAAGGAGGUCCGGCGGCUGACGUCGGAGCUACAAGCUAAGCAGACCCAGAUUGCACUGCUAAAUAAGACGCUGGAGCGUGUUGAGACGGCUUCUGCCAAGAUGCUGGAUCUAUCCAAGGGUGAAGCUAAGUCCGUUCGUCGUGCGAAAGCUAUGAAGGAACACGAGCUAUUCAUUACACAAAUGAAACUGAAGGAAAUGGAGGGUGUAGCUCAAGCACUUCAAACUGGUACUGAUAUUCAGAAGCAAACCGCAUUUGCAGCUGUGAGCAGUGAGGAGCGCAAGGGGUUGGAGAAAUCGCUUCUCGAAAGCCGUCUAGAGAAGGAGGAGUUGAAGCAGAAGGUCGAGGAAAUGGUUGAAGAGCUCAAUGCGGCUAAGGCAAGUCAAAAAGUGGUUAUGGAGGACGCCAUCACCAGGCUUUCGAGCGAUUACGAUAGCAAGAUCAGUGAGCUGAAGCAGCAAGUCGAAGACAAAGAGCGAACAAUGCGGCGAUUCUGUGAUACGCUCGCUGAAAAGGGCAGCAUCGACGCUAUCGAAGUCGAGCUGGCUGCGCUGAAGGACGAGAAGAACGACUUACUAGAACAACUUCAGCGUGCACAGAUUGAGCACGAGCGUGUUGCACUGAAGACUGAGACGGAUCUCCGUCUCGAACAUGCAGCCGAGUUUGCUGCAAUAACGUCAAAGCUUGAAGCGCGAAUAUCGGAGCUGGAAAGUGCCAGGUCUGAGCUUGCAACGACCAAAGUGACGAUUGCCGAGCUGGAGAAGGAACUGGAGAACCAAGAAACAAUACGCCAGCGUGAGGUGUCCAGUCUCACCGACGAAAUCAAAGAGGCUCGAAGCAAGAUCGAUACAUGCACGACGCAAAUCCUAGAGCUUGAGGUGACCAAGGCUCGUCUGGAGGGAGAUGCAUCUCAUAUCGAGGCCAACAUUGGUGGAGCAUCUGCUGAAAAGGAGGAGGAGCUGGCUGUUGUUAAGAGUCAGAUGCAAGCGGAAGUCGACAAGCUUUAUGCUGAGCUUGCCGAAGUGUCGAGUACGCUGGAGGCCAAGCAGGCGAUGCUUCAGGAGGCAAAGCAGUCGGAUAAAUCGAAUCGCAAGCGGCUGGUAGAAAUGGCGAUGACCCAGGAAGAGAUGCAGAGCCGCUACGUGUUCCAGGUUGACUCGCUGACGUCGAAGCUUAAGCAGGAGCGUGAGAGCAGCCGUGAUUGCGAGCAGGAUCUGGAGGAUACCAUUGCCAAGCUCAAUGUAGACAUCAAGACACUAAAUGCUGAGUCGGGCAAAGAAGUAGACGCCGUCCGCCUAGAACUGAUGAGCCAAAUGACCGAGCUAACAGCAUCUCUACAGGCCUCUCAGCACCGUGAACGACAGCUGCAGUUGCGCCUCAAACGUAUUCUGGGGGAGUUGGUGCAUGCUGCGAACGCCUUGGGCGGGAAUGAAGUGGUCGAGGGUGCAAAAAUGAGUGAUGACGACGCCAUCACGUAUCACCUCGACGCCCUGUACGCGACGCAUCGCCGUACGGUGCAUGAAUUGGAGAGACUCCAGGGUGAGUACGAGCUAACCGUUAAACAGGCUGCCGUGGACAGCGCGACAGCUCAAGAGCUAAGCAAGCACGUGAAGGAGCACGAAUCUCAAAUCUCUGACCUGGAGUCGAUUGUGGAGCAACUUCGUGAGGAGUUGAAGGAGCAAUACCACAAGUUUGCAGUCAUUGCCAAGGGUUCAGACGAGUUCAGUGACGAGAUGGCUUCCUUACGUGAGGAGAAGCGUCAGCUUGAGCGUCAGCUUGAGGAAGAGGAAAAAGACCGUGCAAAGCGCGAGAUAUCGUACCAGCGGCGAACGGAGAUGAAGGAGCGCGAAGUUGACGAACUCCGUACCGAGAACGAAACAUUGACGGCUGCUGUCGCUGCCGUCCGCGAGAAGAUCCGUGCGGUGGAGAGUGCAAAGUAUUACGAAUUGGGCAAACUGCAGAGCAAGCUACAAGACCUCGAAGAGCGGGCAGAUGCACUUCAGCCGAGCGAAUGCAGCUAUGCUGAAAACGUUAGCACUACUCGAGAAGAAAUUGCUUCUUUGACUGCUGAAGUGCAGUCGUUGUACCAGAAUUUGACUGCAUGCUGCGGCAUCAUGGAGUGGAGUGAGCUUCGUGCGAGUUUGUUCGAUGAGGAAGAGAAGCUGGCGCGAGUCCGUUCAGAGCACGCGCAGGAAUUAGCCAAGGUCCAGUCAGUCGAGCAGGAAAUUUUGAUGAACGCUGAGUUCCUAAAUGCACUGAUGGUGGCCCAUGGCUCGACGGAAGGAGAUGGUAAACUGCUGAGUGAUUUUCGCUGGAUGCAAAAGUAUGUUUCAAUUGCUCCAGAGAUUGUGGAAAAGCUCCGCAAUGUAGAGUCACGGUUGCGAGAUGCAGUGGCGGAUCUGCAUGCCGACUCGACUUCGUUGUUCUCGACAGGAUCCUCGAAAAAUCUUUCGAGUCGUGGGGGUGGUAAGGGCGUGGCUGACGAAGUUGUCGCGCGGCCUCCCAGCUCGCAGAAUUCGUCUGUCGACGGUGCUACGAUGGCACUUGCGUUGGAGAAGGCUAGACAGGACUAUUUCAACGAGAUAUCGGAGGCAGGUCAGGUGGAAGGCGUGGAUGAUAACGACGAUUAA